AUGACAGUGGCCACACUCCCAAACUAUCGCUACACUAUAUGUUUUAUCUACUCAGAGCUCGAGGGCAAGCUCGACGAGGUUUUGCUUUUGAACCGAGAGAAAGCACCUUGGAUGGGUCGUUGGAAUGGCAUUGGGGGCAAGCUAGAACAGGGCGAAGACGAGCAUCAGUGCAUUGAGCGAGAAAUCUACGAGGAAACAGGAUUGGACCCAGCUGAGGACUUGGUGAGCAUUGAAAAGAAGGGUGUGAUGGAGUGGCACCAUCAGACAGACGACUUACACAAGAAUAGUAGAGACACCAAGAAUAGCAAGCUCAAAAAUGGCAUGUACCUCUUCAUUGCAAAAAUCAAGCCCACCUCAAAAGCCCACUACAAAACCCCCAGGAAGUUUGAUGAGGGCCUCUUGGACUGGAAGCACAUCGACUGGAUUGGCCAUGCUGCUAACUCUGGCGUUGUCGACAACAUCAAGCUCAUGUUCCGGCACUUGUUCGACGCAAACGAGCACUCAAUGUUCUACACAACUUACGACAAAUCGAACACGCUCGUCGGCGUGGAGUACGAUGAAUACGGAUUGAAAGCUGCGAAUUAG